AUGACUAGUCUGGACGAUAGCAUCAUUUCACCACAGAACAUGGCGUUGCUCGACAACGUCACAAACUACAACAGAGAGGCCGUGGACUAUUUCCACUACGAGUUCGGGCUGGGCUGCGAUAAGCUACCCAUGGACUGGAAAAUACUCAUGAAGAUGCGGAAACACAGGCUGCUGAGGUUGCCCAGCUGUUCCAUGGAGGACGACGUCGACUACACGAUGUACAUGCAGAGACUGCACCAUUGCUUGUGGAGGCGCUGGUCCAUGGAGCUCUUCGGCUUGCAGCAGAAGAAAUGCGACCCCUUAAGCAUCAACUGGAACAAAGAUACGGACGUCACGGUACUAUACGGGCCGGAAUUCUCCUCGGAGGCACCAGCCUCCAAGGAACAGCAGAGGGCGUUGUUCGGUGCCCCCACAGCGCCACAAACAAUCUCCUCGAAGGGGGUUAUCGACACCCCGACGAUAGAAAGUGGCGAUGAGGACAGUAUACUGUACGCCUCAUCGAUAGACUCCAGUGCAUCCUCAAUCUUCGACUCUGCAUCGAGACGCCGCGGGUCCAACGGGUCCGUGGACAGGAAGCUCGGGUUACAAUUUAGUGACGUCGUCCUAAAGAGGGAGAUCUCUCCAAGAGGCGACAUAAGCGAGAAAUGCGUCCGCAUCAACGAUAUCAAGUCGAGGCAUCAUCACCGCCGCCACCAGCACCGCCAUCACAACGUGCACAGACAGGUGGUCUACUCCGACGCGUCGGAUUAUAUUAUGGUAGAGGGCGGUGACCUGUUUUACGUAAACUGA